AACUACCAUCGCGACAGCGAGGCCGCCAUCAACAAGAUGGUCAACUUGGAGCUGUUUGCCUCUUACACCUACACCUCCAUGGCCUUCUACUUCUCCCGUGAUGAUGUGGCCCUUCCAGGUUUUGCUCAUUUCUUCAAGGAGAACAGCGAUGAGGAGAGGGAGCACGCUGAGAAACUGAUGGAAUUUCAGAACAAGAGGGGAGGACGCAUCUUCCUCCAGGAUAUCAAGAAACCUGAGCGGAAUGAGUGGGGAAGUGGUCUGGAGGCCAUGCAGAGUGCCCUGCAACUGGAGAAGAAUGUCAACCAGGCCCUGCUGGAUCUGCACAAACUGGCCUCUGACCGCACAGAUCCUCAUCUGUGCGACUUCCUUGAGAGUCAUUACCUGAAUGAGCAGGUGGAGACCAUCAAGAAGCUUGGAGAUUACAUCACUAACCUGACCAGCAUGGAUGCCAACACCAACAAGAUGGCAGAGUACCUGUUUGACAAGCACUCUCUGGGGGGCAAGAGCUAAGAAGGACCUAGAAGAGAGCCUGAAAUGGAAAAUCUUAAUGCAUUAGCUAAUUCUCCUAUUUCAACUGUUGAUUCACUUAACAUUUUAAAUAACCCUUCACCAAUAAUUUAUCUGAAGUUGUGGUUUAAUAUUACAAGAGUGAAUUCUUUAUUUACGUAGGCUCUAUUGUACUCUGUUAUGGUCUGAAUAAUCUAAAAUAAACAGAAGUAAUGAACUGAA